GGCGGCGGAGGAGGGACCGCGCUGCCGGGGGAGGGGGAGAGGGGGCGACCCCCGGCCUCCCCCCGCCCGAGGGGUCACCUCAACACCGCGGGGACCCCCCUCAAAGCCCAGGGGACACCCCCGGGAAGCCGCUUCCUGCUCGGGGCCGGCCCGGCAACGCCGGGGCCCAGCCCGGCGCCAUGGAGCCCCGAGCCGGCGCCUGGCAGACGUCGAACGCGGAGAACCUGCCCCCGCAGACGCUGCGGCUGCUGUGCAGGGAGGUGUCGCUGCUCAGCGCCGACCCCCCCGACGGCAUCAAGGUCUUCCCCAACGACGAGGACGUCACCGACGUCCAGGUGGCCAUCGAGGGGCCAGAGGGCACCCCGUACGCUGGGGGGCUGUUCCGCAUGAAGCUGGUGCUGGGCAAGGAUUUCCCGGCCGCGCCCCCCAAGGGGUUUUUCCUGACCAAGAUCUUCCACCCCAACGUGGGGCCCAGCGGUGAAAUCUGCGUCAACGUCCUCAAGAGGGACUGGAGAGCCGAGCUGGGGCUGCGCCACGUGCUGCUGGCUCUUCCUCUUCCUCCUCCUCCUCCUCCUCCCCGCGGGGGCCUCUCCUCGCCCGCCAUGGGCAACGCCAAGAGCGGGGCGCUGUCCAAGGAGGUGCUGGAGGACCUGAAGACGAGCACGCGCUACUCGGAGGAGGAGCUGUGCCGCUGGUACGAGAGCUUCCAGCGCCAGUGCCCCGACGGCCGCAUCAGCCGCGCCGAGUUCGAGAAGAUCUACGGCACCUUCUUCCCCAACUCGGACCCGCAGGGCUACGCCCGCCACGUCUUCCGCAGCUUCGACACCAACGACGACGGCACGCUGGACUUCCGGGAGUACAUCAUCGCCCUGCACCUCACCUCGUCCGGAAAGACCCACCUCAAACUCGAGUGGGCCUUCUCGCUCUUCGACGUGGACCGCAACGGCGAGGUCAGCAAGAGCGAGGUGCUGGAGAUCAUCACGGCGAUUUUCAAGAUGAUCCCGCUGGAGGAGCAGAAGUUGCUGCCCGAGGACGAGAACACCCCCCAAAAACGGGCGGACAAACUCUGGGCCUACUUCAACAAAGGGGAGAACGACAAGAUCGCGGAGGCCGAGUUCAUCGAGGGCGUGAUGAAGAACGACGCCAUCAUGCGCCUGAUCCAGUACGAGCCCAAGAAAUGAGGGGAGGGGUCCCCAAAAAUUCCCGCGGGGACCCCAAAACCGGCCGGGGGGAGGGGCGGGGGG